UAGAUAGGAGAGGUUAUGUUAUAGACUACGUUUAGCUACGAUCAACAAAUUUCAGCAUUGAAACAAAAAAUUAUAUUAAACAUUGGAUAACAUUACACAAACUCACCCAGAUAACAAUGAUAUAAUUGGACAGUUGAUACAAUAGUAUAAAUUAAAGUAACUUAAUUUUUAAAAGUAAUUCAAUAAAAAUUAUUACAGUAAUUAUAUAAUAUCAUAAACAAAUGGUAAACAGUAAACAAUCGAAAAUCACUCCCACUCGAUCUUUAUUAUCGACAUAAAAACCAAACAAUUAAAUCGAUUUAUCAAUAUCGAUAGCCGCUGAUCUAGUUUUAGCUUUUUGAAAGAAUAAAAAAAAAGAAAAAAACAUAAAGAUUUAUACAAAGUCGAGUGUAUAAUAUUAUUUUCAGACUGUGAGUUAUGUCGCAGAGACGCUCCCAAGCCGGUAGCAGUCGCUCCCAACGAUCGGCAGCAUCUCAACAAUCGAGAUGGUCCCAGUCGCAAUCUGAAUUUGGCUCUCAAUCACAGACUCAGACACAGACUCAAGUAUCUGAUGAAGUUCUCGAAGAGACAGCCAUGGAAGUUGUCAACUUUCUUUUGGACCAUCAGCACCCAGGAAAACCUGUUAACAGACUAAUGAUAACAAAAAACAUCCCCAAAACCCAGGGACGUAUUUUUAAGGCAGUCAUGACUAUCGUCCAAAAGACAUUCGAUACUAUCUUUGGAAUGGAUCUUAUUGAAAUAUCCCAUAGAAACAAUCUUCGCUAUUUUCUGGUCAACAAGAUGAAAUCUGAUAUUUCCGAAAUCAAUGUUGCACUGUGUGGUAAAAACAUUUUGGCGAAGAAUGAGAGAUAUCUCUUACUUCUAUUUCUGACUGUGGUGCACAAGAUGGGAGGGGAAGUGAGGGAGAGUUCAUUACUAGAAUUCUGUAGAAUUAUUCAUAUAAUCGACAAUGUAGAUAAGCCGAUUAUUAUAAGUCCAUAUUUUGCAGGAAUUGACCUUCUUAAAUUCAUGAGAAAUGAUUUGGUUGAUAAGCUGUACUUGGAAUGUAAAGUGAAUGAUGAGAAUGGUGAGAAUGAAAUGAGGUACUAUUCAUGGGGCCUGAGAGCCGAACAAGAAGUCGACCAAGAUGAGAUGGAGGCUCAUUAUCAAUUGGUUUUCAACAGGGAACGUUGAACUGAAUGUGUAUUCUAAGAUGAUUUGCCUGUAAAUCUCUACUACAAUGUUAUAUACUUUAGGUAUGCCGAGUUAAUUUAAAUUAUAUUUCAAUUCUAGUUAUCAUUCCUGUUUCGAUUUAAGAUAAGAUCUGUUCAUUCAUGUAUAAUAAACACUUACUUUCCGUAUCACUUUUAAUGUGAAGUUAGAAAUUCCAUAGCCUAUAGUUAUCAUUCUAAGUAUAUUAGCCUAUGUAUGUAUAACUUAUGUAUUUCACUUUUCUGCAAAAUGCUCAGUAUGAGAUGUAAAAUCAUUGUUGCAAAUAUCAGGGUAAUUUUAUAGUCAACUGUACGGUACUGUAGUAAUGUCGAACUCAAUUCGAGAUAAGAGACCGCAUCGAGUCUGUAAAAAAAUAGUUACUAUUCCAAAGUGUCGAUCUACUCCAUAUUUGAAUACUAUUCGAUGUCUCCACGAUCUGCCAGAAAAUCACGUUCAAAUAAUGACGUGAAUGGCUGUGCUCUUUGCUCUCCUGACAUUGCUGCUGGUGUUUUUCGUUUAUUCAUGCUCAAGAAUUAUUCCAUAUGACCCAAUUCAGAAAUUGAAUUUUUGUCCUAGUCGAUAUUCUCUUGAAUUCCUGCUCAACUUGGAUUGAUGCAAUCCAAAUAUUAAUUUCUUCCAUCAACACCUGGAAAGUAAAUUAUAAUUUCAUUAAAAAUAUCCUCCAAGGCUAAAGUGGAUCUACAUCAUAAUAUCUUCAUACAUUUUGCAAGUUUCCUCCACAUUAUGGUUUUCACCGCUUGUUGGCCUCAACUUCAUUCAUCCCAUGAAAAAUCAUUAUAAUAUUAUAUGACGGUUAUAUUUAUAUGACCUUUCUACUAGACCGACUCACGUCAUCAUUACCUUUUACGCAACUCUUAACUCACUCAAUUUACAUCCAUGCAGAAAUUAUUUUCAGCAAUUUUUUCAAUCCACUAGUAAUACAAAAUUAUAAAAAUUCUCGUUCGUACAUUUGUCAAUUUUCAUUUGUACUGUUUUAAUGUAGGUAUUUUAAAAUUGAAUCACUAAUAAAUCAAAUUUUAUACGUACUAUAACAUAUAAGAACUAUGCUAUUUAUUUUGCUUCUCUAUAGUACUAUCAUAGAGAAAGGAUAAGCGUAAGUCUCUUUGUUUGUCUCUGGUACUAUUGAGAACUAUGAGAAAGUAUAGCUUAGUACACCACUUACGAUUGGCCAAAUUCUUGAACUUGCUGGAAAACCGCAGACAGUUAUAGCUAGAGGGUACAUUCUUACACAUUCGUACAUGAAGCAAACCUGCAAUUAAUUCGAUUAUUUAUUUGAGUCUGUUACAAAACCAAAAUCAGUAAAUUAGUGGGCCUACCAAUAAUAAUUUAUUGAUACUUAUAAAAUAAAUACUUAUUUUUUCGUUUU